ACCGGACCAGAUAUGCAAUGAGAGAAAUAAUAUGUCGUCCUCUUUUAUUCUCUUUUCGUUUCAUUUUUUGGAGUUGAAUUUUUCCUCAGCUUUCCAGCGUCUCUCUGAACUUGCCUGCGUAUUCAACUGAUUCGGCGGCUCGAGAACUCAAUAGAUCACUCGCUAUAUGCAGUAAUUAGUUUGGUUGAGUGGUGAAUUUUAAAGAUUCUGGCACGACCGAGCGCCACAAAUGCAGUAAUUCCAUUACAGCGUGUACUCAUUCUGGCACUUGCACGGGGAAAUUCUAUCUAGCCUUUGCUUUGUUGUCGCUUUAAGCUGUUUGAAUUUUCGGUGUUUCUUGGCCUCUGCAAGUAGAUCGCCUUUUUCUGAAUCUGCAGAUCGCUGAUUGGUUGGUGAGGUUUUUGGGAAGGAACUGAACUUUUUGUAGUUGUGAUUGGUUUCUCAGUUGAAGUGUGUCGUGAACUGAGAGACUGAUUGUGUGAGUGUGCGAUUUGGCUAAACUUUUCUCAAUUUUUGUCACUUUAAUUGAUCGGAGAUAUUUCCAGUAUGGUCACCGGUCACUGAUCCAUUGGAAGAGAGUGAAGAUUCUUUUGUGCUGCUGUAUUGUUAUGUAUCUUCUGUAAUUCCUUUGGCUGAAGAUUGAGGAGCAUACAACAAUUUUGCUCCUCAGACUAAGAAGAAAAUACCAAGUGACUGAGAGAACUCUUAUUGAUUUGGUGGAGAUGUCGAAUUCGAAGGUUGUUUACGAAGGAUGGAUGGUCAGGUAUGGACGCAGGAAGAUUGGAAGGUCAUUUAUUCACAUGAGGUAUUUUGUGCUCGAGUCUAGAUUGUUGGCAUACUACAAGAAGAAGCCCCAGGAUAAUGUGGUGCCCACUAAGACUCUUGUCAUAGAUGGCAACUGUAGGGUGGAGGACCGAGGACUGAAGACUCAUCAUGGACAUAUGGUGUACGUGCUGUCUGUUUACAACAAGAAAGAGAAAUAUAACAGAAUUACGUUCCAGAUGGCAGCUUUCAACAUUCAGGAGGCUCUCGUUUGGAAAGAGAAAAUUGAAUCUGUUAUCGAUCAGCAUCAAGAGUCCCAAGCUAUGAACGGUAACAAAUAUCAAUCCUUCGAAUAUAAAUCUGGUAUGGAUAAUGGGAGGGCUGCUUCAUCAUCCGAUCAUGAGAGUCAGUUUAGUGCUGCUGAAGAUGAAGAAGAUUCUCACCGGAAUUUGUUGCGUAGAACAACAAUAGGAAAUGGUCCCCCAGAGUCUAUUUUCGACUGGACAAAGGAACUAGAUUCAGAUUUGGCUAAUCAAAACUCUAACAGCCAAGCAUUUUCCAGAAAGUAUUGGCGCCUUCUCCAGUGUCAAAAUGGUCUCCGUAUUUUCGAGGAGCUUCUUGAAGUGGACUUUCUUCCAAAGAGCUGUAGUAGAGCAAUGAAAGCUGUUGGGGUAGUGGAGGCUACCUGUGAAGAAAUAUUUGAACUAGUAAUGAGCAUGGAUGCAACACGAUGCGAGUGGGAUUGCAGUUUCCAGUAUGGUAGCUUAGUUGAAGAAGUAGAUGGACAUACAGCAAUACUAUACCACAGGCUUCAAUUAGAUUGGUUUCCGACGUUUGUAUGGCCUCGUGACCUCUGCUAUGUACGCUACUGGCGUCGAAAUGAUGAUGGGAGUUAUGUUGUCUUAUUUCGUUCUAGGGAGCAUAUGAACUGCGGUCCCCAACCUGGAUUUGUGCGUGCUCAUAUUGAAAGUAAAUUCAUCUUCCAAUGCUAUUAUGUAACAGUUCGGUGGUGCUUCGUUUUGAAGCGUUGCUGUGGAGGAUUCAACAUUUCACCUUUGAAACCUCGUAAUGGGAGGCCCAGAACACAGGUCCAGCAUCUUAUGCAAAUUGAUCUAAAAGGAUGGGGAGUAGGCUAUAUAUCAUGGUUCCAGCAACAUUGUCUCCUUCAGAUGUUGAAUAGUGUAGCUGCUUCCUUAUCUAUUUACCUAUACUCGUUAUGUUUUAACAAAUUUGCCAAACUGGACAUGGUGCUGGUUAUUAAGAAUGAUAAUCAGGUUCCUACUAUCACAGGUUUGCGAGAAUACUUUUCUCAAACUGACGAGAGGACUGCGGCACCACGGAUCCCUGUUAUGGUCAAUAUGACAUCAUUAUCGACCUCUUCAAAGAGGACCCAGAAACACCAGAUGUCUUCUGUUCAUCAUCGCAGUGCAUCACUCGAUCAGAUACAUGCAGCUAAUAGAAAUGCCGUAUUGAUGGAUGAAGACUCGGAUGAGGAUGAAGAUCUUCAGUAUGCUGAUCAAGAGGGUUUGGGAUCUACAGUUGAGGUCGAAGAGAAAAGAGUUGCCUUUGAAGAAGAACCUGUGGAACAGAUAGACUUGUCCAUUUUCUCCGGUAACCUUCGUCGUGAUGACCAUGACAAGUCUCGCAACUGCUGGACAAUUUCCGAUGGGAACAACUUCAGAGUUCGUAGCAAGCGUUUUUGUUAUGAUAAAUCAAAGAUUCCUGCUGGCAAGCAUCUUAUGGAUCUUGUUGCCGUGGACUGGUUCAAAGAUACGAAAAGAAUGGAUCAUGUUGCUAGGCGUAGUGGUUGUGCAGCACAGGUUGCAUCGGAUAAAGGACUUUUCUCUAUUGUCUUUAAUCUGCAAGUACCAGGAUCGACCCACUACAGCAUGGUGUUUUAUUUUGUUACGAAGGAAUUAGUACCAGGAUCUCUAUUGCAGAGAUUUGUAGAUGGGGAUGACGAGUUUCGCAACAGUAGACUGAAGCUUAUUCCAUCAGUUCCUAAGGGUUCUUGGAUUGUACGUCAGAGUGUUGGCAGCACACCUUGUUUGCUCGGGAAGGCAGUCGAUUGCAAUUAUAUCCGUGGCCCUAAGUACAUGGAAGUUGAUGUUGAUAUUGGUUCUUCCACUGUGGCAAAUGGAGUCCUGGGCCUUGUAAUUGGCGUUAUCACGACACUCGUGGUUGACAUGGCUUUUCUUGUUCAGGCAAAUACAACUGAGGAGUUGCCCGAGCGGCUAAUUGGUGCGGUCAGAGUUUCUCAUAUAGAGUUAUCAUCCGCAAUCGUGCCAAGGCUGGAUUCGGACUCCUGAGAUGCAAGCUCAGAAUAAAGGAGUGUCAGUUAUACAAGCAAUAUCACCAAAAAUAGAAUAUAUGUGAUGCCAUAUUCAUCAGUAUAUCUUCAUCUAUCCUGACGCUUGUGCAGUGAAAAUUGCAAAAUGGAUCCUGUUUAUACUUUAAAGAUAGGUAUAUUCCCUGCGUCUAUUGUGAGCACUACUGUAAUUUUCACAGGAUGUAUGAAAUGAUGCAUAUAAUGUAAAUUGAUACCUCUUUCCGUCAUUUUAUUUAAUAGUUUGUUGGGGAAUUGUUGGGAAUUUGAAUUUCUAAGAAACCAUGAGAUGUAAAAAUCCAACCAGUCCAAUACGCUUAAACUGUGGUUGUUUCUUUUGCUUAUUUCUUUCAGUCAUUUGAUUCGAGUAAUUUUUGAACUUGUCAAUUAGUCCAAAUGUACCAAUGAACAUUUCUUUUGGA